AUGGCUGCCGAUGGUGGUCGGAAAGAGAAAGAUAAGAGCAAGGGUAUUAAAGUCAGCAAGAAAACCGCAGCUGUGAAACCCAAGUCGAAGGAUCGCGAAGGUCAGCAGAGCAAACCGAGCGACGACGAUUCUCGUCCACGUGGCAAGCAGAGCGAAGGGGGAUCGCGUCCACGUGGCAAUCGGAAUGAAGAGGGUUCGCUUCCACGUGGCGGCAGUCGAGAUGCUGCUGCCGGAGAGAUUUUGCCGGCGAGAUUGCUGCCGUCACAGAUCAAGAACAAGCAGAAGCGGUCGGCAGUGACGGCGAAGCUUCGCGCGGAGAAGGAGAAGGGGAAGAAGCAGCGGCUGAAGCGGCGGCGGCAAGAGGAGGAACGCGCAGUGGCGCUGGGGGAAGCGGCCCCGCCACGGAAGGUAGCUCGCACCAUCGACAGCACGCGGGAGGUGGACGAGACUAUAGCGCAGCCUGACGACGACGAGUUGCAUGCAGACGAGGCACAGGACGAGUUCGCCCCGCACUUCAACCGAGAGAGGCCGCCCAAAGUGCUCAUCACCACGUGCCAACGGAUACACCAGUCGAUGAAACAGCUUAUAAAGGAGCUUUUAGUGGUCAUUCCGGGAUCAGAGUACUAUGAGAGACGGCAGUAUCGCAUCAAGGAGAUAGUGCAGUACGCAUCAGCGAGGGAUUACACGGCAAUGAUCGUGAUCAAUGAGAAUCGAAGCAAGCCAAACGCACUUAUGCUUAUCGGUCUCCCAGAAGGCCCCACUGCUCUUUUCAAGCUCUCCAGUCUCGUCUUGAGGAAAGACAUCAAGAACGCAGGGCGGGCAACAGGGCAUCUCCCAGAGCUCAUUCUCAACAACUUCUCCACACGCCUGGGCCACCGAGUUGGACGCCUGCUGGCCUCUCUGUUUCCGCAGGACCCAGAGUUCAAGGGCAGGAGGGUGGUCACUCUGCACAACCAGCGUGAUUUCAUCUUCUUCCGCCACCACAGGUACAUAUUCGAAGAUCCGGAGAGUAGAGACGAGUCGCUGGGGUUGAGAAAGAAGAAGGCGAGGGAGGAGAAGGAGAGGGCGGGCCUGCUGAAGCGCAAGAAAGCGGCAGAGGCGGCAGCAGCAGGGAAGAAAACAGGCAGCUUGGGCGCGUCUUUGGGCAUUUUCACACGCCUGCAGGAGUGCGGUCCGCGAUUCACUCUCAAGCUCAUGAGCGUGCAGCGGGGCACGUUUGACUCCAAGGGAGGAGAGUACGAGUGGGUGUACAAGAACGACAUGGACACAAGCAGGAGAAGGUUCUUUUUGUAA